UGUUCUCCUCUGAGUCCUCUCCCAUUCAGCAAAACUCACCUGACCAACAGAACCACAGAAGGACACAAACAACACACAGGCCAACGUCACUGCAAGAGAGGAGUGGCAGCAAACAGAGACAGCUUUCAAGUCACCACUGCAAAAGGAAAGAAGGUUCAUUUGAAGGAACAACAAAGAACAAACCUGCUGUCCACCAUGGUGUCUGCUGGGUUUCAAAUACUGGGCUCAGCUCUGGGGAUCCUGGGCUGGAUCGGCGCCAUCAUCGUGUGCGCCCUUCCCAUGUGGAAGGUCACUGCUUUUAUUGGCAGCAACAUCGUCACUUCACAGACCUCCUGGGAAGGAAUUUGGAUGAGCUGUGUGGUCCAGAGUACAGGCCAGAUGCAGUGUAAGGUGUAUGACUCAAUGCUGGCCCUCAGCUCUGACCUCCAGGCUGCCAGGGCCCUGACCAUCAUCGCCAUCGUGGUGGGCAUCUUGGCUAUCCUGCUGUCUGUAGCCGGGGGUCAGUGCACCAACUGUGUGGAGGAUCCGUCAUCCAAGGCCAAGGUGGGCGUCGCAUCUGGGGUAAUGUUCAUUGCAGCUGGGAUCCUCUGCCUCGUCCCCGUCUGCUGGACGGCCCACACCAUCAUCCGAAACUUCUACAGCCCACUGACUAUCAGCGCCCAGAAGAGAGAACUGGGCGCUGCGCUCUACAUCGGUGGCAUAACCAUGGCUUCUCAAGGUCUCCAGAUGAUGGGUAUACUGCUGGCCUUCAUCGGCUGGCUGGGCACCAUCAUCACCUGCGCUCUGCCCAUGUGGAGAGUCACUGCUUUCGUCGGGGCGAACAUCAUCACCGCCCAGGUGAUCUGGGAAGGCUUGUGGAUGAACUGCGUGGUCCAGAGCACGGGUCAGAUGCAGUGCAAGGUCUACGACUCCAUGCUGGCCCUGCCGCAAGACCUGCAGGCUGCCAGGGCCAUGGUGAUCAUCUCUGUGAUAGUUGGGGUGUUCGGCGUCCUCAUGGCCGUGGUUGGAGGAAAGUGCACAAACUGCAUGGAGGAUGAGGUGGCCAAAGCCAAAGCUUGCAUCGUGUCCGGUGUGAUCUUCCUAAUAGCCGCCUUGCUGAUCAUGAUCCCGGUGUCGUGGUCAGCUCACGCAGUGAUCAGGGACUUUUAUAACCCCCUGGUGAUCGCAGCUCAGAGGAGGGAGCUCGGGGCUGCGCUUUAUAUCGGCUGGGGCUCCGCUGGGCUGCUGCUGCUGGGAGGGGGGCUGCUCUGCAACAACUGCCCCCCAAAAGACGGGAGACCCUACGCACCUGCCAAGUUUACCCCUGCAAGAACCGCCUCUACACACAUGGACUAUGUGUGAGCGGCUGCAGAAGGUGUCUUGAGAUAUUCAAGAGGAUCAACUAUUUCAUGUGCUGAAAAAUGUUUUUGCUGAAGCUGAAGAACGUGAGAGAAAAGAAAACUAAAUUGCAUUUCACUGUUUGGUCGAUUAGGAACAUUUCCUCCCCUCAGUUUCUAAAUUUGAAUGAUUUUUUAAAUAUUUUAGAGCAUCUAAUAACACGACACAGCAGCACAUUAAACUGUACUGAUGACAAAAAGCCUUGAUGAUUGAUUGGUUGUGUGGUGGCUUGGACUUUUUAGAUGCAGUGUGUCCCUGUCUUAAGCUGACAUAAGCUGUCAAUUACCAGUUUUCACAUGGCAGUAUUUCUCUUAGCUCUUUUUCAUAAAUAAACAUUUCCGCUGUUUUUAUUCUAAUUAUGAAUUACAUAGCUACUUUUAGGAGUCAUUUUAAUAUUGCAGACUGAGACUGAAGAAGUGAUGUAAAACAUCUGUAAUGGCUCCGGUUUAUAUCAACUAUUGCACAGGUUGCUGCACAGAGAAGUUGUGAAAACAAAUAUUAAUGCAGAAUUCUGAAAAUUCUAAUUUUUAUUAUUAUUAUUAUUAUACUGGACAAUGUACACUUAAAAUCUAUCUAUAAUCUAUGACGACACAAUGAUCACUGCUGGACUUCCAAUUGUCAACUGUCCAAUUGAAAUAAAGUGUCUUUGUUCACACG